GCAGCGCUGCCGGUCGCCGACUGCGGAGGGGGGGGGGCAAAUCUCGGGCCCUGGGCAAGUGCUCGGGGCAAAUGCAGGGGGUUUCCGCCUGGCGGCGACUCGAACCCCCCCUCCGCCCCCGAGUGGGUGCCGGCGCGUCGGGGAUGGCGCUGGGUGGGCCGAUUGGGGGAUAGGAUUCCCCGCUGGCGUCGAGGCUGCACCCGCCCUUCCCCCUCUCCCUCCCGGAGCAGGCUCGCCGUCCUCCGCCUCCUCCCUCCAGGUUUUGCCUUUCACGUGGGUUUUGGUCCCAAAUAAAUAUUUAACGUCGUUUUGCUCUACUUUACAUGGGAGGGGAUUGUUGGUAACGGGCUGGGGAGCAACAAUCGAAGGUCCUAGGCUCCUUGACCUCUUAUUCCCUUCUCUGCCUCCUCCUGGUGGAAAAGGCUUGCUUCUCCCACCUGGUUAGAUGUUCUUGAUGCAUGUUUCAUUUUUCCUCCUACCCCAGGACCAGGAUUCGCCUUCCACCCUACCUGGUGCAUCUUUGGCAGAACGUGAGGAGGAAAGCACCCCCAUUGUCCCGUGGCAUGGACGUGAGCCCCGCGGGAGGACUGGACUUGACUGAUCAGACUUCUGUUCUGUUAGGGAGCACGGCCAUGGCAGCGAGUCUCACGAACGUCGGCAAUUCAUUUAGUGGUCCACCUGCUCCUUUAGUGGCUAGAGCUAAUAAGUUUCAAAACUCCUCCGUGGAAGACGAUGAUGACGUUGUUUUUAUCGAACCUGUGCAACCUCCCCCACCUCCUGCACCCGUGGUAACCGAUCAAAGAACCAUAACAUUUGCAUCAUCUAAAAACGAAGAGCUACAAGGAAAUGAUUCCAAAAUUCUUCCUUCUGCAAAAGAAUUGACUUCUCAGAAGGGAAGUGUAAGUGAGACAAUUGUCAUUGAUGAUGAAGAGGACAUGGAAACCAAUCAAGGGCAAGAGAAAAAUGCCUCCAGUUUUAUUGAACGGAGACCUCCCGAGACGAAAACCAGAACCAAUGAUGUGGAUUUCUCCACUCCCAGUUUUUCAAGAAGUAAGGUAAACGCAGGCGUGGGUAAUAGUGGUAUCACCACCGAACCGGACUCUGAAAUUCAGAUUGCCGAUGUUACAACCUUAGAGACAGGUGUCAGCUCUGUGAGCGACGGCCAGUUGGAAAGUACUGAUGGGCAAGACAUGAACUUAAUGAUCACACACGUAACAUCCCUGCAGAACACCAACCUGGGAGAGGUUGCUAACGGACUGCAGUCGAGUAACUUCGGUGUUAACAUACAAACGUUCACCCCGUCUUUAACGUCACAGACCAAGGCUGCAGUAGGACCUUUUAAUCCCGGUAGAAUGAAUGGGGCAGGAGAUGUAUUUCAGAACGGAGAGUCUGCAACACAUCACAAUCCUGAUUCUUGGAUCUCCCAGUCAGCGUCCUUUCCCCGGAACCAGAAGCAGCCAGGGGUGGAUUCUUUAUCUCCAGUGGCCUCACUUCCUAAACAGAUUUUCCAGCCUUCUGCCCAGCAGCAACCCACUAAACCAGUUAAAGUCACUUGUGCAAACUGCAAAAAACCUUUACAGAAGGGACAGACAGCUUAUCAACGAAAAGGAUCAGCUCACCUCUUCUGUUCUACCAGCUGCCUCUCCUCCUUUUCGCACAAGCCUGCUCCAAAGAAACUUUGUGUUAUGUGUAAAAAAGAUAUAACUACAAUGAAAGGAACCAUUGUUGCUCAAGUGGAUUCAAGUGAAUCCUUCCAGGAAUUCUGUAGUACAUCUUGUUUGUCUCUCUAUGAAGACAAACAAAAUCCGACUAAAGGAGCUCUAAAUAAAUCAAGAUGCACGAUUUGUGGCAAACUAACAGAGAUCCGCCAUGAAGUUAGCUUUAAAAAUAUGACUCAUAAGCUGUGCAGUGACCACUGCUUUAAUAGAUACAGGAUGGCCAAUGGUCUGAUAAUGAAUUGCUGUGAGCAGUGUGGGGAGUACUUGCCCAGCAAAGGCGCUGGAAACAACGUCCUGGUCAUUGAUGGGCAGCAGAAGAGAUUCUGCUGCCAAAGUUGUGUCAGUGAAUACAAGCAGGUAGGUAGCCAUCCGAGCUUUCUGAAGGAGGUUCGUGAUCACGGGCAGGACCCUUUCUUAACGCAGCCUGAGAAAUACGGAAAACUGACCGCAUGUACGGGUUGCCGGACGCAGUGCCGGUUUUUCGAUAUGACGCAGUGCAUAGGCCCGAAUGGGUACAUGGAGCCGUACUGUUCGACUGCUUGCAUGAACAGUCACAAGACAAAAUAUGCAAAAUCACCAGGUUUGGGAAUUAUUUGCCAUUUUUGUAAGCGAAACUCCUUACCUCAGUAUCAAGCCACAAUGCCUGAUGGAAAACUGUACAACUUUUGCAACUCCAGUUGUGUGGCUAAAUUUCAGGCUCUCAGCGUGCAGUCAUCUCCAAAUGGCCAAUUUGUAGCUCCAAGCGACAUUCAGUUGAAGUGCAACUACUGCAAAAAUUCGUUUUGUUCAAAGCCAGAAGUACUGGAAUGGGAGAACAAAGUGCAUCAGUUCUGCAGCAAAACUUGUUCAGAUGACUAUAAGAAGUUGCAUUGCAUAGUUACAUAUUGCGAAUACUGUCAAGAGGAGAAGACUCUUCAUGAAACAGUAAAUUUCUCUGGCGUUAAGAGACCUUUCUGUAGUGAAGGCUGCAAACUGUUGUACAAGCAGGAUUUUGCCAGGCGUUUGGGACUGCGAUGUGUGACCUGCAACUAUUGCUCUCAGCUGUGCAAGAAGGGGGCGGCCAAGGAGCUGGACGGCGUGGUGCGGGACUUCUGCAGUGAGGACUGCUGCCGCCGGUUCCAGGACUGGUACUACAAGGCUGCGAGGUGUGACUGCUGUAAAUCGCAGGGCACACUCAGGGAGCGCGUGCAGUGGCGGGGAGAGAUGAAGCAUUUCUGUGACCAGCACUGCUUGUUACGCUUCUAUUGUCAGCAAAACGAGCCCAACAUGACCACGCAGAAAGGACCUGAAAACCUGCAUUAUGAUCAGGGCUGUCAGACAUCCCGAACCAAAACGACAGGCUCCGCGCCGCCCCCCUCUCCGACCCCCGGCAAAGAGAUGAAGAACAAAGCAGUUCUGUGCAAACCGCUGACGAUGACGAAGGCGACGUACUGCAAACCUCACAUGCAGAGCAAGUCUUGUCAGACAGAUGAAGGCUGGAGGCCGGAGCGGGUCCCGGUGCCCAUCCCCGUGCCCGUGUACAUCCCGGUGCCCAUGCACAUGUACAGCCAGAGCGUCCCCGUGCCCACCACCGUCCCCGUGCCUGUGCCAGUUCCCGUUUUCCUGCCGGCCCCCUUGGACAGCAGCGAGAGGAUCCCUGCCAUGGUGGAGGAGCUGAAAAGCAAAGUUUCUUCAGAUGCUCUGGACGCCGAGCUGCUCAGCAUGACGACGGUGAUGCCGGAGGAGGAGCCGAAGGCAGAGGGCCUUAUGAUGGAAACAGACCUAACUGCUUCAGAUCUGCUGAAGACCUCCGACCCAGAGGCGCAGCCCGGCAUGCCUGACGUCCCGUACGAACCGGAUUUGGACAUUGAAAUAGACUUUCCCAGAGCUGCGGAGGAGCUUGAUAUGGAAAAUGAGUUUUUAUUACCCCCUGUUUUUGGAGAAGAAUAUGAAGAACAGCCUAGACCUCGAUCCAAGAAAAAGGGAGCCAAGAGGAAAGCUCUGUCAGGAUACCAGUCUCACGACGAUAGUUCUGACAAUUCGGAAUGCAGCUUUCCAUUCAAGUACUCGUACGGCGUGAAUGCAUGGAAGCACUGGGUCAGAACGAGGCAGCUUGAAGAGCUCCUGGUGUUGGAUGAGCUGAAGUCUCCUAAAUCAGUGAAGUUAAAAGAGGAUCUGCUUUGUCACAGCUCCGCGGAGCUGAACUGUGGAUUGGCCCACUUUGUCAGGGAGGUGCGGAGGCCGAACGGAGAGAGUUACGCACCCGACAGCGUCUAUUAUCUCUGCCUUGGCAUCCAGGAGUACUUGUGUGGUAGUAAUCGGAAAGACAACAUAUUUAUUGAUCCUGGAUACCAGACAUUCGAGCAAGAAUUGAAUAAAAUACUCCGAAGUUGGCAACCAAGCAUUCUUCCAGACGGGUCGAUAUUUUCCCGCGUUGAAGAAGACUAUCUCUGGAGGAUACAGCAGCUGGGCUCGCACUCGCCAGUGGCUCUUCUCAACACCCUCUUCUACUUCAACACUAAGUAUUUUGGCCUGAAGACCGUGGAACAACACCUACGCCUUUCCUUCGGCACCGUGUGUAGGCGUUGGAAAAAAAACCCUCUAACGAUGGAGAGUAAAGCGUGUCUCCGGUACCAGGCGUCUUCUUUGUGUGGAGCAGAUAACGAAGAUAAAAUUACUACUGGAAAAAGAAAACAUGAAGAUGAUGAGCCAGUGUUUGAACAAAUUGAAAAUACAGCCAAUCCUUCCAGAUGUCCUGUGAAAAUGUUUGAGUGCUACCUGUCUAAGAGUCCACAGAAUCUUAAUCAGAGGACGGAUGUGUUUUAUUUGCAACCCGAAUGCUCUAGUUCUGCAGAAAGCCCUGUCUGGUACACGUCUGCUUCACUGGACCGAAACACCUUGGAAAAUAUGCUUGUACGGGUUCUUUUAGUCAAAGAUAUUUAUGAUAAAGACAAUUAUGAACUGGAUGAAGACACAGACUGAAAAGGAACGUUUCAGAAGCAGUCGGGAUAAAACAGCAUUAGAUAGUCAUGCUGCUAGGUCUUUUACUAUGGAAAACAUUUCAAGUUUACUCCUGUUUUGCGUUUUGUAGCAGUGCACCCGUUCUGGGUCCCGUGUAAAUAAUCUGUGAGUGAAGGUUGCCAUUAUUCUAUGUAGUGGUUUUAGGAUACUUACAAAUACAUUCAGAUUCUUUUUUUUAUUCUUAUUUAUUUGAUUAGGUAUGUUUGUAACUUUUUACAUGACCGAAUAUGAAUGCGAACGUGCCAUGUAUAGUUUCCCGUCGCAGGAGCCUCCGUGCUGCCCAGCUCUGCUGUUGCCGAGCCGCCUGGCACGGGCGCUUCUGGGUUCUGACCAGAUGGUUGUGUGUGGGGAGCAGCUACUAAAAGUUUAGAACUUGCAGUGUCUUUCAGAAUUUUUAAAAUAAACUGUAAACUAAU